CUGGCUUUGAUACGAUUUCGGAUUUUUGCCAUGAUUCAAUUUCGGAUUUGAUUUUGGCGAAUAUAAACUUACAGCUAACGAAAAUGGACAAUGAUUGCGCUGUACCCCGGCUGCCGCUUGACGGCGAGUCGAUUCGCUUCAAUGACUGGAACAUAAGCUACGAAAAGUCGCACAUAUUGAAGAGCAUCUGCAAGCAAGGCAGCACCAAGUGCUGCGAAAAGGACGACGCCGCUCGCUGCGAACUCUGCCACUAUCAAUACUCUCUGGAACUGCCCCACCUGCCCGACAUGGUGUUCCAUAAAAACAAACUGGUGGUGCAGCACAAGGACGGCGCUCUGAUGGAAUUCCAGCCGAUGGAUGCCCUGGCCCUGGUCGACAAUGGCAAACAGCCGCAACCAGUGGAGGUUGCCUGUGCCCAGGAAUGGCGUCAUACACGGUGUCCGGAGCAGACAAGAGAGGAGAAGUUCAAGCCGUUCGACUGGACAUUCACGUCCACCUAUCAGGGCACCAUGAACGAGAAGAUACGAUCGGAGAGCACCGAUAUGACGCUCAACAAGUUCAAGUUAAUGCAGCGCGAGAAUAUAAUUUUCUACACAGAUCUCACCCUGUUCGAGGAUGAGCUGCACGAUCACGGCAUCUCGGUGAUGAGUGUGCGCAUUCGUGUCAUGCCCUCGGGCUUCUUCAUACUUCUCCGUCACUUCCUGCGCAUCGACGAUGUCCUGAUGCGGAUGAACGAUACGCGCUUUCAUCAUGAGAUCGAGAACGAUUACAUACUCAAGGAGGUUGUCCACCGGGAGGCACCGUGCGACAAGCUCAAGAGCUCGAUAGCCUUCUGGACCAAUCCGGAUGAGAUGCAGAACUACCUGCCGGUGAUCUCCAAGCAGAUGCACAAGUUAUCCUUCAAGUAGCCAACCAAGCAACCCACCCACAUCCACAACUACAUUGCAUCAAAUUCAAACAUUUUAAUUGGAUGAAAUAUUUCACAUUUAAGAUGGAUUAAUUGAUUAAUAUUAUUAGCAGACAUUAAAAGCGCUACUUCUAGGAAGGCACACUACGUAUAA